UUAUGUCCAUGGUAUAAUUAGCUGCAUUGAAACUGAAAGGAUAGCCCUUCUCAGCAUCAAAGAAGGCAUUAAUCAUAGCGACGACCAAAGCUUGUUCUCUUCUUGGAUUGGCCAUGACUGCUGCAAAUGGCAAGGCGUGAGCUGCAACCAUGAAUCCCGCCAUGUCAUCAAGCUUGAUCUCCGACAGCACCCUUCUAAUGUCUCUUAUUAUUUUCUCAUGCCACCAAGUAAGCUGAACUCUUCUCUCAUUCAGCUUCAUCAUUUAAAGCACUUGGAUUUGAGCAUGAACAACUUCAAUGACUCCCCCAUCCCAGACUUCAUUGGCUCUUUUGCCAACCUUGAAUACCUUAAUCUCUCCAAUGCCGGAUUCAGUGGUGCCAUUCCUCAUACCUUUGGAAACCUAUCAUGCUUGCAUUAUCUUGAUCUUAGCUCAAAUUAUAAUCUACAAUCUAAUGACCUCCGCUGGCUCUCUAGAAUGACUUCUUUGCAUUACCUUGACUUGAGCGGAGGGAACCUUUUCAAAGUGGAUGGUUGGCUUCAUGACAUUAACAGUGUGCUCUCCUCUCUACGUGUGUUGAAACUUUCUAGUGCUAAACUUCAAGUUGGUGGCAUUUAUGCUACUACUAAUCCGCCUCAUUAUCUCAACUUCACAUCUCUUCGUGUGCUUGAUCUCUCUGGCAAUGAUCUCCUGGAAAUCACCCUGCUUCAAUGGUUGUUCAAUCUCACUAGCCUUGUUCAUCUUGAUCUUUCUGGUUGUGCUCUGUAUGGCAAGUUACCAGUCACAGUUGGUAACUUGAAUAGCUUGAGAGUCUUGUGUUUGUUUAAUAACUAUGUUGGUGGAGUGAUUCCAGAGUCCUUGGGAAAUCUUGGUAGCUUGGAGAACCUUGAUUUGUCAUAUAAUGAACUCAAUGGAAGAAUUCCAGAUUCUCUGAGCAAUCUUACAAAUUUAGUGUACUUUGAUUUGUCUAAUAAUAUGAUUGGAAAGUUGUCAGAGAGCAUCGGGAGGCUGCAGAAGUUGGUGGAGUUUCAUUUGUCCAAUAACCAAAUUCAGGGACUGAUGCCUGCAAGCAUUGGGGACCUGAGAAACCUGCAAUAUUUGGAUUUAUCACAGAAUAUGAUCAGUGGAGCCAUUCCCGAAUCCUUUGGUAAUCUCACAGUUUUGCAGCAUUUUAAUGGUGCUGAAAAUUAUGUCAGCGGAAAAUUGCCUGAAACUAUAGGAAAUCUUGUUCACCUUCAAGAUCUAGAUUUGUCUCAAAAUGCAAUAAGUGGAAAGUUACCAGAGAGCUUUGGAAAUCUUAGCCAAUUGCAGUAUUUGAGCAUGCAGGGCAAUGGCAUCACGGGGGGAUUACCAGAACAUGUAGGAAAGCUGUCUAGCUUGUUGGAGCUUGAUUUAUGCAACAACAACAUCAACAGAACAUUGCCAAAAGGCAUGGGGAACUUAUGCAAGCAACAUCCCCUGCAUGGUUUUGGAUAUCUAAGUUCCCUCUUUUUGGCUAUGUUCUCAAUCUAUCAAAUAACAAUAUGGAGGAGGCUACCAACUUUGAAAAAUUACACUUUCCAUAGGAUAGAUUUGAGUUCAAACAGAUUUGAAGGCCCAUUACCUGAGCUUGAUCCCUCCUUUUUGCUUGUUAUCUAUCUCAACAACAACUCAUUCUCUGGGUCUAUUCCUUCGUACUUUGCUAAUGCUACUUAUAUUCAAGUUUUCUCUGUGUCUGUUAAUCAUAUCAACGGCAGUAUUCCGUCGUUCUUUUGUAACCUUACUACCUUGAAAUUGCUUGAUAUAUCUAAUAAUGAUAUGUCUGGAGGACUUCCCAAUUGCUGGAAUUCAGCAUCAGCUUUGGAAAUUAUUAAUUUUAUCUGA